CCUGCACCGUGAGCGUGCGAAAUCGCUCUCGAAUCAUCUCCCGGGCAUAGUCCGUCAACAGGAAGCGCAUGAGCUGUGCCACGAAUCCCACAGGCAAUUCGACCUCCGUCGCAGUUCAAAGUGGGCUGGCAAGCCCUGGACCGGAUAAGAAGAAGACCCGCCCAUCAUGUUCUGGCGCUUUGGCGGAUACGCCAAUAUAUCAACGCUUGACGCCAUUCUCGACAAACCCGAUGUCACACUAGAAGAAUUGCUCAACGAAAGUGAUCUCAUCCAGGAGCUGAAACAGUCCAAUAGCAAGCUGGUCGACUUCCUCCGCGAUGAGGCCGUACUGAAGAAGCUCCUCUACUACGUCACCGCCGACAAGGCAUCUGCGACAUCUGAAGGGAAAGACAAAGCCGAAGAUAAGAUAGAAGAUGAGAAGCCGUUGACAGGAAUAUCGUUCUUUGGUGGUAAAGGCAAAUCAAGAUCUAGGUCCAAGUCGGUGAACAAACGAGAUGAUGACGGACAGAGCGAGCUCGAGAAGAAUGAAACCCAGCGCAAGCGCUAUGCCCACGUCGCAUGCGAGGUUUUGUCCUCGGAGGUAUGGUCGAUCAUGGAGGCGCUCUUAGAGAACCCAAAGAAUAUGCUGGAGUUCUGGCAAUAUCUCUGGCGGCCAGCACCACUGGACCCGGUACAGGCUGGCUAUUUCACUAAGGUCAACGAGACGCUUCUCGAUAAGAAGACUGAGGAAAUGCUCGUUCUAUUGAAAUCCAUGAACGGAGUGAUACCAGCCAUGCUGCAGCAUGUCGAUUGUCCUAUGAUAAUGGACCUACUGCUGAAGAUCAUUUCGCUCGAGAAGCAGGAAGGUGGACAAGGAACUGUUGAUUGGUUGCAAUCUCAAGGAUUGAUCCCUUUGCUUUUGAGCUAUCUGUCGCAGAAACAUGCUUCGUCCACGCAGACCUCAGCGGGCGACUUUUUAAAGGCCAUCAUCACAAUUUCAGCCAACGCUACGACUCAAGAUGCCUCCGUCAUUGGGCCGAACGAACUUACUCGCGAGCUUGUGUCGGAGAAAUGCAUCAAAUCUUUGAUUGCAGACAUGCUCCGCGGUGGAAACCCACUAACGGUGGGAGUGGGCAUAAUCAUCGAGGUCAUCCGCAAGAACAAUUCCGAUUACGACCUCGAUAAUCAAAUGGGCCCGGAGCCGAAGACAUCGGACCCUAUCUAUCUCGGUACACUUCUGCGACAAUUUGCACUGCAUAUUCCCGACUUCAUGCAUUUAAUCAGAUCCCCGUCAGCGAGACGAUCGCCGCUUAAAGUCGCCUUUGGUUCUAAAAUUGAGCCACUUGGUUUCGACAGAUUCAAGACGUGUGAACUCAUGGCAGAAUUGCUCCAUUGCAGCAACAUGGGUCUCUUGAAUGAAAGUGGCGCCGAAGCGGAGGUGCAACGUCGGGACGCGACGCGCGAGAGAUUGAAAGCAGAGGGCAGGCUUGCCGCAUCUGCCACGGCAGACAGCCCGAGCCGCGAGCUAAGUCACGACGAAUUCGGCAGCUCUGUCGAUUCUGCAGGGUUUCAUCAUACUGCACGUCCCUUCGAUGACGAGUAUAAUGAGAAAGGAGAGGGAGACCGGAGGCUUGAUCACAACAACGCUGUCGACGAAGAUGGAUUUGAGAAGGUCAACGCCCCAACGGAUGAUUUGAGCGAUGAAGUUACAUUUGAUGAUCUGCAAGAAAAGCUCGAAAGCAAAACUCCGCAGAAACUGCACACGAUUCCUCCACGUUCUGACUCUCUUCCCAAAGAUCUCGAGGACGUUCCAAAACCUCUAUCCCCGACCAAGAAGGCUCAUUUGAUCCCCGACCAGUCGCCUGCCCAGGCCGCUGAGUCGCCUACAACUGCUGGUGUCACCGAUAGCAUAAGGACACUAGGCGUAAAAGAAGAUUCCCUUAUGAGCGAAUUGGACGUCGAAACCCCCGUCGAAGGAACGUCAGAUCUAGAGCAGAACCUCGCUCAACCUGGCGACAAACCAGCACCUCUCUUCGCCAAAAAGGCAGAUCCAGUCUCUGACCAUGACUCAGAUUUGUCGGCAGCCGAUAACGAUCAACAGGAUAUCGAUCAGAGCACUGCAACCAUCCAGGGCCAGAACGCUCCCUCACCAGGCGUUGAAGGUGCAUCAUACGAGGCCGAGCUUGAUGGUGCUCCAGUCGUCGGUGAUCUUUUGAAGACACAAUUUGUCGAGCACCAAGUUGUCCCAACCAUUCUUGACUUCUUCUUCCGAUUCCCAUGGAACAACUUCCUGCACAAUGUGGUGUACGAUGUCGUUCAACAAGUCUUCAAUGGCACGCUGGAACGCGGGUACAAUAAGACACUUGCUUUUGAUUUGUUUUCAGCCGUAACCCUUCGACAAGGACAGACACUUGAGGAACUUGGCUUGGUUUCAGGCAAGGAUGUCAUUGACCGCAUAUUGGACGGACAGCACGCAUCAGACCACUCGCAGGCGUCGAGAGGCAUGCGAUUGGGCUACAUGGGACACCUCACGCUCAUCGCGGAAGAGGUCUGCAAGUUCGGCAAUCGACCAUUCCCUGAGGGCACAGAGCAUAUCAUACUUGACCGCAUCACCCGAGACGAAUGGGUGCAAUAUGUCGAAGGAACACUCACCGAGACCCGGGACAAGGACAAUGCUGUUCUUGGAGGAGUUCGACCCGAAAACGCCGGUCAUCGGGUCGCAGGGCUUGGUGGCUUGUCCAGCGGCUUCAGCGCCACUAUCACUAACACUCUCGCAAAUGCAGGAAUUGGGAGCAGCGUGUCAGCGGAGGACAGUCUGGCAAUGUCGGAGGGCACAGUUGGACAAGCAUUCGAGAUCAACUCGGGUAUGAGCGGAUUCGGAGAUGGCGAUGAUGACGAGGACAUGGAAGACGAAGCUGCGCUGCGUCAGGAGGAGCACAGGAGCCCUUUCACGGACGAUGAACAGGUCGGUGAACUUUCGUUUGACAUUGACAUGGACUGCCGGUGAUCGCUGCAGAUCCCUUCCCCAUUCACAUGUCCCACCAACACUCCCCAUUCUUCCCUGAGUGCCUCUGUUUUGCUUCCCCAUGAAUCGCGGAGCAACAUCGGACCCGAGAUCGCACGAGGCACAAUGAUGGCAUGCAUAACAGGCCAAUAACACAAAGCGACGGUUGGCGCUCAGACGAGGAAGACGCCGCGCUUGAGAAUGUCACGAUAAUAUAUCACUGUACGAACAGACGAUGAUUAUCGUACUUCUCACAUCGUCUCGACACGCCCUGCGAAUAUCUCACAAGUGAUUCGCAUUGUCAAAAAGAACCUUGUCCUUUGUACGCACUGAUCUA